CAGGUUCCUUUGAUGAAAUCCACGCCUACUCCCCAAUUUUACGUUGGAGGAUCUCCUGAAAUAGAUGUUGUCUUCCCUGAGGAAGACGAAUCGAGUGUUAUCCUUCCUAAGAUAGAUGGUAUCCCACCUUGUGCAAAUGGGUCCACCUUCUGUGAGAGCUUCGUCCCGUACCCAAAGGAGAAAGUGAAAGAAAUAAUGCAGAAGUAUAAUGUUUUCAAAGAAUUUUUUGGGGUGGACGAACCGCCAGAAGAAUUUGAGACAAGGGACGACAGUCAAACACAAUUUGUUUGUUCUUCGAUGAAAUAUACGGUAUUUCCGGUUCUAGCGAAAAACACGAGAAGCGAAUUCAAAUUCAUUGUAAAUAAUAAAGAGGAAGGAUAUGCACAGGGUGUGCAAGUUGAAAUCUGCAGCAGGGAAAAUAAACCUUGUGACGUGGUUAACGCUCCAAAUGGCUUGAUUACCACUUGCAAGCAGAAAUACAUGAAGAGGCGUUUGCUGUCUAUAGAUGAUGAAGGUGUUCCGCAACUAGACACAUUUCUGUUGCCAUGGGCCUGCGCUUGCUCCUGCUUGGCAAAUUUUCCAACUGAACGAGGUUGAAGAAAACGACGACGAUAUGUUAGUGGAGAAGUAAUACUAAAGAUAUUGCGCGUGAUUGAAG